GGACUCAGCGCCUGCAGGACCCUUUGGCCCGGGGGCUGGAAGCAGCGGAACGAAAGGCUGACGCUCCUCGGUUGCUGGGCCGGACCUAGUCCCAAUCUGUCCGUCUUUUCAAGUUCCCCCGGGGCUGGGACCAAGGCGUGCGGAAAUUCAAGUUCUCCCGCACCGCAGUGGCCUGACUUAGAGGCCAACUGAGACAUCUUCGUGCCUCAGAUUUGUUGACCUGCAGAAUGCUUCGAUACCCAUACUUUUGUAGAACCUAUAAAGAAUUUCUUUCAUGCUGGUUGGAAGCUGGCAUAUUUAAUUUAGGUGUCGGGCCAAAACAGAUACAUGCUACAGCAGAAAGAUAUGAUGAAUAUGAAGCCCAGGAACAAACAGAUCAAACUGGAGCUAAUGAGUUUCACAGAUCUCAAGACAGAGAUUCUGAAGCUAUAACUAAAUUACAUACUCCUGUAAUGGUGGAUGAAGUUGUUCGUUGUUUGGCACCCCAGAAAGGGCAGGUUUAUCUAGAUAUGACAUUUGGUUCAGGAGGACACGCAAGAGCCAUUCUGCAGAAAGAGUCAGAUAUUACUCUGUAUGCCUUAGACAGAGACCCGACAGCUUAUGCAAUAGCUGAACAACUUUCCAAAUUAUAUCCUACACAGAUCCGAGCUAUGCUAGGCCAGUUCAGCCAGGCUGAAGGCUUACUAAUGAAAGCUGGAGUGCAGCCAGGGACUUUGGAUGGAGUUCUUUUGGAUCUUGGAUGUUCCUCCAUGCAACUUGAUGCUCCCGAAAGAGGUUUUUCCCUUCGGAAGGACGGCCCUUUGGACAUGAGAAUGGAUGGUGACAGGUACCCUGACAUGCCCACCGCAGCUGAUGUUGUGAAUGCUUUAGAUCAACAGGCACUUGCAUCCAUCCUGAGAACAUACGGGGAGGAGAGGCAUGCCAAGAAAAUCGCCUCAGCGAUCGUUCAGGCACGCAGCAUCUACCCCAUCACCAGGACCCAGCAGCUCGCCAGCAUCGUCGCAGGUGCAUUUCCUCCCUCUGCAGUUUAUGCACGAAAAGACUUGCUACAACGAUCGUCCCAUAUUGCUACCAAGACUUUCCAAGCUUUUCGCAUAUUUGUGAACAAUGAGCUCAAUGAGCUUUACAUAGGACUGAAGACAGCGCAGAAGUUUCUGAGACCUGGUGGUCGUCUUGUCGCCCUCUCCUUCCAUUCACUAGAGGAUCGCAUUGUCAAACGAUUCUUGCUUGGUAUAAGCAUGACAGAAAGAUUUAACCUCAGCGUGAGACAGAAGGUGACACAAGCAUCUCAGCUGGGUUCAGGUCAUGGAAACAAGGAAGGAGUCUCUAUAGGAAGGGCCCCUUUAAUGUGGGAAUUGAUACAUAAGAAAGUACUUACCCCAGAAGAUAAGGAUGUGCAGGAUAACCCCAGAGGGCGCUCAGCCAAGCUUAGAGCAGCGAUCAAAUUAUGAGAAAGUCAUAAUCAUCUGAUCAUUCAAGUUUUUCCUCACAGUUUCUCACCUGAACAGUGUAACACAAGAAAUUAUGGGAUAUAUAUGUAUGUAGUUCAUAUGUGUGGAGACUGAGGAUAUUUAGCAUUUUUUUCCUCACAAAGAAAAUGUAGAAAAUAUUAAUAUGACAGAAAGUUCAACGCAAGGAGAAGCAGCAUCUCAAAACUGGGUUGAUGGGUUUAUCUUAGUAUUAUACAGGGAAAAUUCAUCUUAUCAGUUAUGAUUACAAAUUCUAAACUGGUGAUUCCAAAUGAAUAAAACAUCAACUUAACCAUGAGGACAAAAGAUAAGAAAAUACUUGCGUUUACAUUGGAGUUACUUUAUCUAUCUCUGUAAUAUUUAACUUUAGUUUCAAAACUUGUAUACUGCAUUUAUUUUAUAGGCUUUAUUAAAAUCUGAACAGUUCUUCAGUGAAAACAGAAUUAGAAAAUAUUCUAGGGAACAUUGUGCUCAAAUUAGAAACAAAUGAAUGCACCUACAUUAAUCCCCUGAAUCUUUCUUGAAGAAUUUUGUUAAGUUUUUCUUUGCAUGAAGUCAUACGAAUGAGAGAGAUUCCCAAGGGUAAGUUCCCAUUCUAGUAUCUGAUUAACAAAUAAAAGAUCACACUCAUAUUCAACA